AAAUUUUACCGCGAUGAGAACUUUUCACACUCUUGCUAGAUUUCUAGUUUCGUUUCGCUUUUUUGUACUGAUAGAUCAAAUAAAACGCUGGUGAUACCAAAAAUGGAUGCAGAUUGGACCAAUAACGAUCCUUAUAGAGCAAUACCACUAACGGAGGUUGGUCAUCCAGAACAGAGCAAGGAAUCAGAACCAGCAAAGCAGCCAACCAAAGUGAAAUAUGAUACCAACAAUAUGUUUGCUCAGAGCAUCUUUGAUCUGACGCUUAUCACAAUUAACAUAUGCCAAAUAUGUUAUAUUCUAAAGGUCGGGCCAGAGCUAGGAAUUUUGUAUUAUAUAAUGUUGGGAUUACUCGGUGUCUCGCUGACACUGUUGUCUAUACACGGUUUCAUGGGUCUUUUCGGACGGCUACGCUGCAGUAAACCCCUUUCUAAUAGUUGCUUCAAUUGUUUAUACAACACAUCACUCUUUAUGGUAGUUCUAGUGUACUUGGUAAACCUUGUAUUCAAUGUUUUAAGCUUGAAAGAGACAGAGGACACAUGCCAAAUUGUUAUCAACAAUUUGAGAAACAGAACUGCUGCAUGAAGAGCGACAGGGAGGUUCGGAGCAAAAUAAUAAAAUAUUUAUAAUUUCAAAUGACUCAUUUCAAUACUUUAAUUACAACGAGAUGCAUACAUACAUAACA